ACUGACCAAACCAGCUUUAUCGUCCCCUAAAACCUCUUCCUUGUUUAAUAUUGUUACCCACAGGAUAGUAGAAACUAGAGGUUCGUGCUCUAGAUUCUAACAAAAGCAUGGCUUUUUGUUUCAGGAGGUCCCUUUUGGCUUGUCACAAAGAGCAGCCAUGGAGAAGUGGAGCUUAAUGACAGUUACGGUGUUACUGGCACUUACUGUGCGCUGGGCUGUGUCACUGGGCUCCUACUCAGGUGCAGGAAAACCACCUAUGUAUGGAGACUAUGAAGCUCAGAGGCACUGGCAAGAAAUUACUUACAAUUUACCCAUCAGGCAGUGGUACUUCAACACAAGUGAUAACAACCUCCUGUACUGGGGCCUUGAUUAUCCACCUCUCACAGCCUAUCACAGUUUUGUCUGUGCUUACAUUGCCAAGUUCAUAAAUCCUGACUGGGUUGCCCUGCACAGCUCCCGGGGCUACGAGAGUCAGCCACACAAACUCUUUAUGAGGACAACAGUGUUUGUUGCUGAUUUGCUGGUUUAUAUUCCUGCAGUUAUUUUAUAUUGUUCUUCCUUGAAAGAAACAUCUGCUAAAAAGAAGGUUUCCAGUGCUCUCUGUAUCCUGCUUUAUCCAGGCCUCAUUCUUAUUGACCAUGGACACUUCCAAUACAACUCAGUGAGCCUCGGCUUUGCCUUGUGGGGUGUCCUUUGUUUGUCCCAUGACUGGGACCUCCUGGGCUCGGUGGCCUUUUGCUUGGCCUUAAACUACAAGCAAAUGGAGCUGUACCAUUCCCUGCCCUUUUUUUGCUAUUUACUGGGCAAGUGCUUCAAGAAGGGACUGAAAGGAAAGGGGUUGGUGCUGUUGACCAAACUGGCAGGGACAGUGGUGCUGUCCUUCGCUGCCUGCUGGCUCCCGUUCGGCACUGACGUGGAACAAAUCAUGCAAGUACUCAGAAGACUCUUUCCCAUUGACAGAGGCUUGUUUGAGGAUAAAGUAGCCAAUAUUUGGUGCAGUCUAAGUGUCCUUAUAAAGAUAAAGAAUGUAGUGUCACCUCAAACCCAGCUCAAACUCAGUUUUGCUGUGACAUUCCUGAGCCUGCUUCCUGCCUGUAUCAAACUCACUGUCCAGCCUUCCCUCAGAGGGUUUAAAUUUGCUUUGGUUAGUUGUGCCCUGUCAUUUUUCCUGUUCUCCUUUCAAGUCCAUGAAAAAUCCAUUCUUCUGGUGGCACUCCCAGUUUGCUUAAUCAUAAAUGAAAUCCCCUUUAUGGCCACGUGGUUUUUACUUGUAUCAACUUUCAGCAUGCUGCCUCUCCUGCUGCGGGACGGGCUGCUCCUGCCCUACGCCGUGACCACACCGGCAUUCCUGGCCACCUGCCUGGCCUCCUUCUCCAUCCUGGACAAGACCUCAGCAGAGGACCUGCAGCUCAAAGCAUUCUCCCUUUCCCUGAAGGGAUAUGUGUCUUGGUUUAAGUCCUUUGCCAGGAUUGUCAGGACUCUGUUCCUCCUUUCCCUGUCCCUGAUGGGUGUCCUGUCUCUCCUGAGUGCUGCAGUGCCUCCUCCCCAGAGCCUCCCGGAUUUGUUUCCCGUGUCCGUGUCCAUUGUUUCCUGCUUACACUUCUUAUUAUUUCUGGUGUAUUUUAACAUUGUGAUACUCUGGGACUCCAAGAAUAGCAAAAGCCAGAAGAAAAUCAGUUAAUCCACCUAUGGAGAUCCAGGACUGAAGUGUGCAGGACAGAGUGUGUUUGGUGAGUGCUGUCAGUGCUGCAGGGGAACCUGUUUGGGAUGGACACAACUGCUGGAACCCAGGGAAAGUCAGGAAACACGUUUGGCUUAUUCAAACAUGAAACAAUCAAAGACUGUUUCAAAGGAGAAGUCUGUUGAAGAGCAUUGGAAAUAUGAUUUGGUGUGUUUUCUUCAGAAGUGUCGUACUUUUGUUACCAUUUGUAAACCUAAAAUGCCAAAUAAAGGACCAAAUUUUGAAUUAAUGCUAAAA